CCACACCACAACAUCUAACACCAAACCAAGAUUAGCCAGUACUACUCCAGUCUGAAAGCGUAGUCCACCCUCUCCAAGGGGCAAGAGCAGCAAAUUUAGCAAAUUAUAUUACCAUCCUCCUUUGUCAAUUCACUUUCAUAAUUUCUUAAUAGCCUGAUAUCCUAAUAGCUAGUCAAAUUAAGAAUAAAGAUCGAGCACUUGUCUCUCGCUCUGCCCUCUCAUAGGGCUCAUACCUAGCCAGUAUAUUGUCACGUAAGGAAAGUGAACAUUAUAUAUACAUAUAUACAUAUAUAUAUAUAUAUGGCUGACUCGGACAACGACUCUGGAGGAGGAGGAGGAGGAACGAGAGAACAGCAGAGAGAGCAGGACAGGUUUUUGCCGAUUGCAAACGUGAGCAGGAUCAUGAAGAAAGGUCUGCCGGCCAACGGCAAGAUUUCAAAGGACGCCAAAGAGACGGUGCAGGAGUGCGUCUCCGAGUUCAUCAGCUUCAUCACCGGAGAAGCCUCCGACAAGUGUCAGAGAGAGAAGAGGAAGACCAUCAACGGCGAGGACCUGUUGUGGGCCAUGACAACGCUGGGCUUCGAGGAGUACGUGGAGCCUCUCAAGGUUUACCUGCACAAGUUUAGAGAGAUGGAGGGUGAAAAGAUGACUGGUAGUACCAAUACUAGUGCUGGAACGGGAACUGGAAUGUCCGCAGGCCAUGGAAGGCACGCUGAUCGAUAUCAUCGCGAUCAUGAGAGAGAGCAGCUGUAUGUGCAUGGUCAUGGUGCUGCACGCGAUAGUAUAAAUGGAAUGUAUGGUGUGAUGUCAACGCAGUCCACGACCAUGAUGACGAUGGGUCAUCAACAACAUCACCAUCGUGGAGGUCAUUUGUAUGGAUCUGGUGGUAAACCCUCCACAGGGCAUGGGAGACCAAGGUAGGGUUAAUUAAGUAUAUAUAAUGUUAAUUUGGAUAUAUAUUCACAGUACUAAUCGUGUUUUGUAUGCAACGAACGCGCUUUCAUAGGGGACCGAUUAACACUUCGAACUGUUGCAUACAAAACAGCUAUAAUUCAUUGAUCUGAGAAGUUUGUCUAGUUCAGGGAUACCUGUAAACUGGAUAAUAUUGGUAUAACCGUACAGACAUUCAGUUCGCU